GUAGCGUUUACCGUUUCCUUGAACCAAUAACGUUACGCGAGAGCGUUACAUUGUUGCAGAGGGGGCGUUUAUGAGUUUCCUUCGUAACUCGGUUUGAGCAGAGUACGUAGCACCUCUCCUAUGCGGGCAUUUAUUUUUUCGUCGCUAAAUCAGUUCACGUUUUAUUUGUCAUAUCAGUAUAUAUUGAGAGAUUUCGUUAACUGAGACGGACGGUAGACACAUUUAUAGCCCUUGCCCAGCAAAGCAUUAUGCUAGGCUAUUUAAAAAAAAUUGUCACACUUUCUAUGGUUUCUGAGUGGUAGUCUAUACCACAUGCAGUUCGCUUCAGUGGAGCGUUUUAAUUUCACGAGAUAUAGAAAAUAUAUUUUGUUUAACCUACUGAGUGUGUAUGUUAUUGUGCUGGUCUGUGCCUAUGACAGACGUUUAAGUUAUUAUUUAGGUGCGUCUAUAAAGUAAAGACAGCAAGCAAUUGCCGUUGAACUUGAUUUGGUAACUUAUUGUUGGCUCAAGUCGCUAUCAGAAUGACCGAGGACAAUGUCACAAGUAAAAGCAUUGAAAUCGUCAAAGAUCAACUGUAUUUCGCCAUACUGCAGCAGAAGAUUAAAAGCACAGCUGACAGACAUUUCUUCUGCAUAGACGAAGAGCUGUCAUAUGAGAACUUCUAUGCAGACUUUGGCCCGCUCAACCUCGCCAUGUUCUAUCGCUUUUGUUGCAAACUCACUAAAAAGCUCAAGUCAUUCACACUAGCAAAGAAGAAGAUAGUCUUCUAUACCUGUGGAGAUAACAAGAAACAAGCCAAUGCUGCCUAUCUUAUUGGUUCAUAUGCAGUGAUGCAUUUGCAGAAGACGCCAGAGGAAGCCUACAGUCUACUGGUGUCCAGGAACUCUACCUACCUGUCCUUCAGAGAUGCCUCUUUUGGAACAUGUAUGUACAAUCUGAACAUUCUAGACUGCCUGCGCGCCAUAUACAAGGCUCUGCAGUUUGGCUGGCUUGAUUUCUCCCAGUUUGAUGUGGAGGAAUACGAGCAUUAUGAGAGAGCAGAAAAUGGAGAUUUCAACUGGAUUAUUCCUGGGAAGUUCCUAGCGUUCAGCGGCCCUCAUCCAAAAAGCAAAAUAGAGAACGGUUACCCUCUCCAUGCCCCCGAGGCCUACUUUCCUUAUUUCAGGAAACAUAACAUCACAGCCAUCGUCCGUCUCAACAAGAAGAUGUACGAUGCCAAGCGCUUCACUGACAUGGGCUUCGAGCACCACGACCUCUUCUUCGUGGACGGAAGCACGCCAAAUGACGCCAUCGUCAGGAAGUUCCUCAACAUCUGUGAGAAUGCAGAUGGAGCUAUCGCUGUUCACUGCAAAGCGGGUCUGGGACGAACAGGCACUCUGAUAGGCUGUUACAUGAUGAAGCACUACCGCCUGACUGCGUCUGAGGCCAUCGCCUGGAUGAGGAUCUGCCGGCCAGGAUCAGUCAUCGGACCACAACAAAACUUUGUGGAAGAUAAGCAGAUCAGCUUGUGGUCGGAGGGAGAUGUUUUCCGGGAGAAGAUGAACGAGCAGGAGAACGGCAAGCUGGCUGUCACCAGAAUCCUGUCGGGGGUUGAUGAUAUCACUAUCAACGGCAGCAACAAAAGCAGGAUGUCCAAAAAGGAAGAGGCAGAACUGUAUAGUGACGAUGAGGAGAGGAAUGGCAUCACCCAGGGUGAUAAACUGCGAGCCCUGAAGAGCAAGAGGCAGGCGAGAACAACUACAGGUUCCCUUUCACAAGAAGAGAACAAGAUUCACACCAGGUCCUCAUCACAGUCUUUAAGGAUUCUCCUGCAGUCUAGUGGGCCUGAUGCCUCAGACAAUAGGAAGAGAACCAGAACCUCGCUGCCUGCCAACAGUGUGGGGGGCAGCUCCCUGUGCAGCACCAGACUAGCCAGGUCUCUAGGCAGCAUGCAUGUAGUGGCCAGCGACAGAGAGCCAGUGUGCUGUGAGUCCAGUGGCUGCCAUAGAGACACAGCCAGCAACACAGGCAGCACAGGCAACCUGCCCAACCUAAACAUGCUGCAGGCCCCUCAGAAGACGCACUGUGUCCAGAGGACGGAAAACUCGAUGUUCUUUACAAUCAAUGCGCUUUACGAGACUAUGUCACUCCAUACCCAAAGCUAGAGCUCCUCUACUGCGCUGAGCCUGAGGUUCUGGAAUUCUAAGGGAGUACAGUCUACCUGCAGCUCCUGCAAAUGGAGAUUUUUGUUUUCAUUUCUUAAGAGGGACUGGGUUUAUUUUACUUGAACCAGUCCAGUCAAUUGCUGAUUUUAAGGGAUGUUGAUGAGGAAAUGUGAUGUCUCAGUUUUUCUUCCCAUUCAAUCAGAUGUAAACCAUGUUCAGUUAGUUUGAAAUUAAUUUGCCAUCCCUUUUUAUUACUAUAUAUAUGUAUGUAUGUAUAUAUUUCACUGUUUAUAUCAUGAAACAAAACUGUGUCCUGGCCAUAAGUAGUGGGAAUAGUGCCAUUUCAAAUGUAACUGCCAAAAUAAAGGAAACCUUAAGUAACUGAGGGAUUCAAAGUAUAUUGAAAGGGGGGCAGCUAGCUUCAGUUUGCUUCACAUUCCAGCUCACAGGCAGACUACAAUGCUUGCGUCGCAAAAUAAAUGUAGAAAUCUAUAUUAUUCAAUUAUUGCACCCACACUGCUCACGAGCAUCUGCGUUGCCAUGGGUUAAAAUAGAAGUCAGUUCUAUUUGUGACGCAGAUUGCGCUGCAAGUCCUGCCUCUCCCAUCUCCUGAUUGGUUUAUAGAAGCAGGUACCCAUGUACCAUCUCAUUAGAUAUACCCACGUGACUGAAAGACUAACGUUAAUGCGCCUAAUUUAUGAACGUUGCCAAUCGCAAUAUAAAGUCAAAAAAAGCCUAGGAGGAGAGAUGACUCAACUAUUCAGUUGACCGUUUUGUGUGGAUUAAUUGUCGGAGUAGACCUUGUGCAUUUCAGGUAAAAUUAGGACAAAUUAGCUAGCAAGCUAAAUUGCCAUAAAUGUUUAAUGCUUUUGACCUGUCCCCAAAUUUUAUGUAAUUGGUUCAGUGUUUUGAUAUUUUAACAAGUGUGUCGUGAUCGCGUUUGGUGUGGGGGGACAAAAUACAUUUAUGCACGAUGGCGCAGGCGCGCAUCCGGUUUGGGUUCCGUGUUAGCCGUGCAGUAGCGUGCGUGGGUAAAUUCACUGAGGAAGCCAAGCCAGGGAAAAAAAGCCAUAUUACAACCUAUGUUGUGAUAAUUGUGUUUGCUUUUAACCUAUUCGUUCAUUAGGCUACCCUGAGGCGACAGGGUAGCCUAGUGGUUAGAGCGUUGGACCCCCGAGUUCAAACCCCCGAGCUGACAAGGUACAAAUGUCGUUCUGCUCCUGAACAGGCAGUUAACCCAGGCCGUCAUUGAAAAUAAGAAUUUGUUCUUAACCGACUUGCCUAGUUAAAUAUAUAUAUUUUUUAAAUACACCACCGUGAUACAGUGCAUUUGGAAAUAAUUAAGACCCCUUCACUUUAUCCACAUUUCAUUAGGCUAUUCAAAUCUACACCCAAUACCCCAUAAGGUAUUAAUUACAUAAGUAUUCAGACCCUUUACUGUGAGACUCAAAAUUGAGCUCAGGUGCAUCCUGUUUUGCUGCGCUAAUCCUUUAACAAACAUUUAUCAAGGGAGGCCAAAUGCUUGCUGGCAUCAAAUUAUAAAAAUACAUGAAAUUUUCUUUUUGGGGGGGUCAAACAUUUGGGGAAGCCUGGCAUUCAUGAAUUAUAAAGGUGAUGACGCAAUGUUUGGGGGGAAUCUAUUUCAUUGGUCCUAAACUUGAGGCUCAGACAAGUAUUAGUGGAGUUGAGUCAUUCAUUGCAGCAUAAAGUGCCUGGCUAAAAGAUGAGCCACUUCUGGUUAUCCCGAGUUGGAAGUUACCUCAACUCCUCAAACCAGGCAUGUAGUAUACGCCUCAGGUUUGAGGCAAUUUAAAUACCCAGUGAUUUUGAAAGAGGGGUCUCAGCGGGUGUGCGUGUCUGUCACCAGCUCCACUCUUGUAGAAUCUAUGCCCAGGCACAUUGACACCAUUUGGGUGGUCCUAUAAAACACUUGAGGUUCCUUUAUUUUGGAAGUUACCAGUACAUAAGCGUUGCCUGCUUGUUUACGUUGAAUGUUGCCACAGCAAUCCCGAACUGCCAGACUAACGUCUUAUUUGCUUGUUGACAAAGGUCCGUCAGUGCUAGGCACCGCUCAGAUUGAACCUUUAAUAAGUUGUGAAAAGCCUAGCUCAAGUCAAUUUGUUCAAGAGGGCUGUCUAGUUUAGGCGGUAUCUUUCUGAAUGUUGCAUAUAGAAAUGUAACUACAGUGCCACCCUGAAUCUGAUUUGCCUGCAUUUCUAUGCCCUUCUACCCAGUGAAGCGUUUCAUCUGUAUUUUUGUUGAGAUGCUGUACUUAACUGUAAAUAAGUCACAUUUGAUAUCCUGAAAACAUUUGAUUUGUAAAAUAUUUUUGUACUUGUGAACCAUACAAUCAGAAGUAUUACAGAAAAAUAAGUCCUAAAUGGACACCUCAUUCGUGAUUAUCAUGCACAUGGCGUAUACCAGCUUUGAAAUAAAAUCCAACCACUUGUACUCAC